CUGCACUUGGAAGAAGAGGUGCUGCUGUAUCUUUUCGGAGGAGUGUGGGGGUGUUUUCUUUGUGAUCUCUUCUUCCUCUUCCUUAAUAAUAAAAACGUGGGCUACUUGCGCACUUCCGGGCCUGUGAUAAAGUCGUGGGUGGAGUUGUACUAUGGUGCAUCGUCGUCAGCGUCUGAGCGUGCCACGCCCCCCCUGACGGGCAACAUGCACAUCCUCGAGAAGCUGCUGCUGGAGGCCCAGAGAGACUCGAAUGUGUCCUCCGCCCGUGGCAGUGGCAGUCCCAAGAGCCCACAUAGUCCGGCAAGUGAAACCGUCCCCUUCAUCAUAAACAGGGAGGAGAAGCAAAUUGCGACCGAUUGGAUCUGGGACUGGAGCAGCCGCCCUGACCAGCAGCCUCCCAAGGAUUGGAACUUCCGUCACCCGCCAAGUGUGGGUGGCAUCCGGAAACGCCCCGUGUUGAGUUUGCGUGGUUCGCGCAUCAUCCGCCUGGCCGACAUCUUUCCCCUACUGCUGCUCAGCAACAUCCUCUCAAUACUGCUGGGGGCUGGCAUUGGGGUGUGCAUUGGCCGGCGUAUGAGGGUGGCCAACGUUGAGUGAUCUCACCGUCACGGUGUCUCCGACGACGCGGGCACAGAUGCUGCAAUGUGGUUUGAAGGCUCUGCGCCCGUCGUCGAUCAACGCUGCUUCUCUUUUCCUCGAUCGCCCAGCGCCUGACCAGUUGUCGACUUGCUGUGGACUGGCUCACCAGAGCGUUUGCCAGAUGUCCCCCCCCCCCCCCCCAGAAAACGGCAGGCUUGCCCUUUCCACACGAUGCGUAUCCAGAAUGAUCCGGUCUGCAGAUGCAGCAGUCUAAUGUAACUUCCCGUGUCUUACGUAGUGAGAGAAUCACUCAUCCAUGUUGAGUGCAGUUAGUUUUGACAGUGGUGUACAUCUUUUUAGAAAAAAGGAAAAGAGAAAAAAUAAAGAAAGAUGGUUGUGCUUUUGGAGAUUUGCAAAUUCAGUCACCUGCUGCAUAUGCGUGCAAAAUGUGUGCACAACGCCGCUCAUCUACUCGAUGCUGGCCAUGCAAUACCUAAACACUGUUCUGCAAGAGGUGAGCAAAUUCUGUGAGUAGGCAAGGCAUGGCUACAUGACUGGUAUAGCAUUUAAUGUCAUUCACUGUGGUAUGUUCCUGCCACGCCAAAUUAUGUGCAUAUGUCAUAUGCUUGAACCGGACUGAGUUCGAUUUUCUAGUGCUCUUGAGGCAACACACCACUUGCAUUGUCAAUGUACUCGGCAAAGAGUGAACAUGUCAUGCCCACAAGUUGUGCUGUGUCAUGCCUCCAAGUUGUCACCAGUAAGAGGCUGCGAGCGAUAUUGUACGCACACAUUAUGCAACGUGAUUCGGUGUUCCGCUUCCUUGUCUCAUACUCUUUGUCUUUCAAACUAUUCAGCGUGGACCCACCUUUUCGAAAGCCCUUCCACUGUUAAAAGAAAAAAGCUUUGCAGCCUGGUAUUUAAUAUGGACCUUCGGUGCAAAACACUUAACUUACUGUACAAAUCGGCAGGCUUUGGGAAAUGUAGAUUACUUUGUGCAUUUCUAGAAUGCCUUUCUUAUGAAAUCGCAUGUCAAUCAUUGGAAUGCCAUUUUUUAAGCUAGUGCCUGUGUUGUAACAAUGUUAGCAUGACUGGCCUAAUACAAGUGAUAAACUGCGUGCUAUCAUUGCAGGUGGAUUGUACUUUGGUAGCACUGUGUAUUCAUUAAGAGCUGUGGCAUUCUUUCAAUACAUAAGCUUUACUCAGGCAGGGUCCAAGUACUCCUGUCACUAUUUUGUGCUUUAAUCGGUAUCCGGGAUGACUUUGCAGUUUGUCUUGUCCAACAGAACUGCAACUGUUGUUUUUCUAUGCCGCAUUCUUCUGCUGUGUAGCCCGCAGCUGGCGUAUGUAGCCCACAGCAGUAAAUUUUCGCACAACAUUUUCCCUAUGGUUGCUCAUACUUGUUUUUGCAGGGACGACUUCUUGCUGAAUAUAGUUUUUCUUUAUUUGAUCAAAUGUUCACACAUUACUUUGUGCAUUUGUUAAUUUAUAUAUGAUUGCUUGUCCACGGGCAAACUUAUGCGGCGAAAGCAAGCGGCUUAUCUUAUUGCAAGUGACAUUCACUUGCAUGUAGGUAGUUGCCUAUAUAAACUGAAAAUAUUGCUUGUGGGCAGGAAAAGUAGUUCUGGAACUUCACUCCGUCAUUUUAACAUGGUAAAAAUUUGCCAGUGCAGUCGGGCCUAUCUUUUUUUCUUUCUUUCCAGCGUCCCGAAGGUAAGAGGUCAUAAUAAUUUUAAUACCAACACUGGCACUUUGGCUUUGAUAACCUGCCAUCACCUAUGUAUAUUGCUUAUGUCAUGCAAGAUCUUCAGCUUCUUAUAUAUAGCAUGUGGUCUAUACACCAGAAUAUGCACCAGAUUCUGUCUGUCUGCAGUGCCUGUCCUGCUUCAUGCCACCUCAACACCUUUGCCCUGUUGCUUGCGGUUAAAAAGAAGCGUAUUCCCACAUGAAAGCAAACUGUACCAGUGUGUAUAUUCAGAAACCUCAAUCGAUGUACUCUGCCCUGGUGUUCGUGGUUGUCGGUUGACUUUGGUGGCAUAAGCUUCUGGGUGCCUGUAGAUAUCUAUCCUGAAGUAUGCGAAUUUGGGUUUUCGAUGACUGCGAGUGGCACCGGGAGGGGAGGCAUUCAGGAAACAUUUUCUGUGGUUAUCUCCGGUUGCCGAAACCUUAACCUGCCAUUGGAGGAAAUGCAGUUUGAGAGAAACAAAUGAACAGCUUAGCAAAACUGCACAAGUCAUUUACUGUUCGAAUUUGCACUUUUUACUGGUCACUUGUGUAACUCUUCCACGAACGUACUCUUGGAGAGUCACUUUCGAAUACAUUACUUUCAGUGUGCAUUGAUUGGCUGGUUGUGCAAAAUCUAUCAAAUCGUACAACGCACCACAUACUAUGCCAUGCGAAAGUGAUGAUAUCGUCGAAAGUCAUCGUCCAAGAAUAUGUCCCCUGGACUUCAUUGUGCUCACUUCUGGAAGCUUCAAUUUUGCUUUAUGUGCCCUGGAAUAAGAUUAAAAGUGAGACUUAAAAGGUGGUUUCACUGCAGGGGUUGUUGUUGGCCCAGUGGUACCAUGUCUUGUUCAAUUUUGGCGUUAUUGAACGUUUAUUUGGGGGUAGGGGGGAACAAAGGAAUCCUAUGGCAACAUGAGUAUUUGGGCUGCUUCCAAAGACAUUGACUCACUGCAGUCGGCAUUUUUCUGUGGCACACGCUUUCAUGUGUGCCAUGUAAAACACAGCUGCGACCUCGCCCGGCAACUUAUAGCAUAGCUUGAAUUUGGCAAGAUUUCCAUGGCUCUGAUAUUUUGCUUUGGUGCGCAAUGUGGUGAAUUGGAAGACAGAAAGCAAAUUUUCAAGUGCUUAGCAAGUUUCAAAAGGUUGAUCUCGCUUCACUUCUUUCCCAAUGCGAAACCCUCGUUGUUUGUUCAGUGCUGAAAGGCAGCAUAAAUAACCGUUGCUGUCUACCAUUCCUCCUGCAGGCCUGUGUAAAGUGUGCUUUGCUGUUAUCGUACAGUUUACGUACUCGAAAUAAACGGCUCACAGACUUCCUGUGCCAUAUGUCUUGUUACAUACUCGAGUUUUUGUGCUAUUCUAUGUAGCUGGCAGUGAUGUUUCCUUAAUUCGCUGGAAAAAAAAAAUGGACAAGUAGUGUAGUUUUCAGUCAUUGCAAUGUAUAAUUUCAUCACGUGUUACUAUAAGUAUAGAACUUUGCUCAUAGCCGGGCUGUUAUGACCAUAACAGAAUGUACACCAGUGGUGGCAUUUUCUCCAACUAGUAUGAAAAAUUUGUAGUUUAUGUACACAUUUACCAUGCCAGGCUGCAAAAUCUUAUUCUUUGUCGGUGUGGUUAGGUCUAGCUGGUUUUUCAUCUUAUGUUGUUUUAAGAAGUUGGCAUCCUGCAUGAAAAUGUACUUUUGUAUUUACAUCCCCACCUUAAAAUAGCAUGCACACUGAUACUUGAAAAAAAAAAAAGUUUGUUAUAUCAGAUGAUUUGUAAUAUGCGUGUUGUUAUGUUGAGGUUUCGCUGUAUUGGCUGGGAGACGUCUCUGAAACAAUAUUAUUCCUAUUGUCUUUUGGGUUUAUAGGCCUUCUUUAUAGUCCUUUGUAGGAUUAAAGGUUUAUAGGUGUUUUUGUAUAAAAAAGAAGAAAACCUUCCAUCUACCGAGCUGAUUUUAUUCGCAUGUAGCAUGAAGAGAGGUUAGAAAGCCGAUGUGUAUUAUGUCUUUCAGUUUUGAACUUUCAAGUUCGCAACACAUUGCAGGGUGCUCGCUGAAUGGCUCGAUGUGCAUUACCUAUGCUGGAACACCUUCAUAGAUUCACUUGAAUUGAGGCAGGGUGCGUGUUCUUGCACGUUCACAAGGGUCCUUCCUGUCUGGUGAUGGAUAUUCACACUCCAUAUCCAACAUUAAAAAGAGGGAGAGAAUUAUUUUGCUGCUAUUUUCACUCAAAUUAGUCAUAUUUGGUAGAAGUGUAGGGAUCUAAGCUUGCAGUCUCCUUUGGUGCAGAAUGUGAGCUAAAUUUGUCACAUUUUCACAAUACUCUGCACCACUAUUUUGAGGGUGCACUAUUGCCGGGUUCUAGGAUUUUCUUGAUAGCCUUUGUUUUGUAGCAAGGAACUUGUUGCUCUCGCAUCUGGCACAGUUUUUCAAAAAACACUUGAUGGUGAAGAAGGUGCAUUUCUGUACUCUUGGUCGACCUGCAGGCAUACGGGAUUAGAUGAAAAGUGAAACGCUAGAUUUCAUAACCAUUUUGUAAAUUUUUUGAUGCUUUUUAUCCUGUAGAUUUGUAAUAUUUUAGGAUGUUGGGGGCAUCGUAGAGAGCCUGGUGCCCAUGUUAUUUUGGUGAUGUGAAAAGGGAACAAUGUUCGAGGGGUUGGCUGGGGAUUUUCUUUGAAGUUUUUUUUGCCCAUAAAUUGGGAUGUUGCAUCAGAAGAGUGUAGUUCAUUUUCUCCUGCUGCCCUGUGUUGGUCGCAUGCAUGCAUGUAGCCGUUGCACCCCUAUUGGCUGUUGCUUAUCGAAGCUAAAUUGCUCUUGCUGUGCCACCAGCUCAGGGUCCUCUAACAUGUAAUGACUCGGUAAGUGCAGACGCUCAUGAUAUUUAAGGAUUGGUGAUGUGCUUCAAUGUGAAUAGUUUAGGACUGUCAUGAGUGAGUAACCAGCUGUUGCACAGUUAAGUCAAGCUGUAGGUACUGGAGCUGUAGGUAUUUUUAUUUCAGUGACACAUUGACUCCAGUGCCAUUGAAUGGCUGAACAUGGUCUACUGAUGCUGCAGGCAUUUAGUUGAGUAGGAUGUCAAAAAAAAGUUGGUGGUAAUUGUAGCUAAAUCAGUCAUCCUUUAUAAGCAACUUGGCCAAAAUUUGGAUUUAUUACUUUUUACUGGCACCUUGGCUUCAGCUCUUUGACUUGACUGCGCGACAGCUGUUGUAACCUAUGUGGUGUGUACAUAACUUUGAACAAGUGUUGUUGUGUUUGUUUUGUGCUUAGGUGCACCUGGUUUUAUCGUUUGUCUUGUGAGCUGCACUUGGCAGAGUUUGCACUUUUUGUAUAUUACAUUUUGUCUUCGGUACAUAUGGUGCGCUGGCAGUGCGCUUUAAUUUUGUUCUCUUUCUGACAGUGCUCCAUCACUGAUGCCUAUCAUGUGGCCCAUUUUUUCGUUGGUGUAUAGAGGGUGCGUUUGGUGUAAAUUGCAGAGGGUGGUAUUUGUUUGACGUUUUCUCUUCACAUUCUCAAGAUGGAGAUAAUGUAUGUGACGAAAUGGUGCAGCCCUUUGUAUGUGUUGGUUGAAAUAAACAGAUGACCGUUUA